AUGCGCGUUCACCUGCCGCGCGCGCCGCUCCUGGCCCUCCUCGUCGGCGUCAUCUCGACCCUCCUCGCCGGCGCCUCUCGCGUCAAGGUCCAGUCGGGCGAGGUCGACCGCGAGGGCAGGCCGACUGUCGAGCUCAGCAUUGAUCCUGCCGAGGGCUUCACGAUGAUGAUCGCGACCUACAAGCGCGACGCCAACCUUUCGCCCUUGAUCAAGCACCUCACGACCCAGCCGCCGCCGUCGCUGCGACACAUCGUCAUCGUGUGGCAGAACGUCGGCGUCGACCUGCCCGACUUUCUCAACGCGACCUCGCUCGAGCAGUACUCGACCUCGGGCGUCGUCGUCUCGGUCCGCAAGAGCGAGCGCAACAGCAUGAACGAGCGAUUCCGGCCCCUCGUCGACUGGGACACCGAGGUCUACACCGACGCCGUCAUGAUUCUCGACGACGACGUCGUCCUGCAGCGCAACGCGAUCGAGUGGGGCUACCAGCAGUUCCUCGAGGUCAACGGUGCGCCCGACGCGCCAGGCCGGCUCGUCGGCUUCUCGGCGCGCGACUACGACAAGGUCGACGGCGAGGUCAAGUACGUCGUCCGCCCGCGCAAGACGUACUCGAUGGUGCUCAGCAACGCCGCGUGGCUCCGCAAGGAGUGGCUGCACAAGUACUGGGAGGACUCGGUUGAGAUGCGCGGCCUGCGGGACUAUGUCGACCAAGUGUUCAACUGCGACGACCUGCUCAUCAACUACCUCGUGUCGAACCUCACGGGCCAGCCGCCGCUCCUCCUCCAACCCAAGACGCCCCUGCGCACGAUUGGCGGCGACGGCCUCUUCAACCGCGGUUCUGUCGCCGUCGACGCCGACGGCAACGACAUCGUCCCUCCUCCCUCGACCUCGUCUCCCUCCUCCACCGACGGCGACACCGACCUGCCCGCACCCGACGCCGCCAUCGACGCCGCGGCCGGCCUGCCCGCCGCCGGCCACUUUGACCAGCGCCGCCAGUGCCUGUCGCACUACUUUGCGCACUUUUCUGCGUUUGCGCCAGCAGCAGCAGCAGCAGAGCCGUCGCCGUCGCCGUUCUACCCGCUCGUGCGCACGUCGACGAGCGCGAGCCAGGACGUCGAGGACCACUCGCGGUGGCUGUUGCGCGGCGAGGCGUGGGAGACGCCCGAGGCGGCGGCGUACGUGCCUGCGCCGGCGCAGGACGCGGUCGACGAGGGCGACGAGGGCGAGCAGGAGCGGGAGCGGGAGCGAGGCGAGGGUGCGGGCGACGACUGGGCGCCGCUGAGCGCCGAGGACCUCGCCGAGCACGAGGAGUUUGGCAUGAUGCUCGACGACAUGAGCGAAGACGAGAUUGACGAGCUCAUGGCCGAGCUCAACGAGGCGCUCGCCGAGGCUGGGCUCGAGGGCAUCGACGACUCGCCGGCGGCAGCGGCGGAGGAGGACGACGAGGGCGAGUUCCUGGGCGAGGUCGUCGAGGAGCCGACCCUGUUCGAGGACGACGACGACGACGAGCAGGAGCACGCCUCGCGGCGAGCAGGAGGGCACGACGAGCUGUAGAAGGACCUCCUCUCUGUGCAACCAGUUUUCACAGAA